AACCUAUUUUUUAAGUGAAAUGUUAUGCAAAAGUGAUCUUCACUUUGAGUCCCGUCUAGUCGACCUUGUGUUAUUUCCAGGGCAACGGUGUACUAGUUAAAGCACUGCGGUUAUGAAUAUGUAUGUUUUUAAAAUUAUUUCAAUAACAGGCGCGACAUUUAGUGGCCAGAACCGCUCACUCGUAUCACGCAAUAGCUUGGAGUGGUACACGAACGGUGACUUGUGAAUACCUUAGCCUGUUUAAAGUCGCAAUCACUGUCUCAUCUUCAGCCAUGAAAAAAUUAAUUGCGUUUAUGAAGGCCUCACGAGCUGAUGCGAGAAGGGUAGGAGCAUGCCACGAUUCGCACUAUUUACUGAUGAUUCUAAAAGGUCUUGCGCCGAAAUUAGAAAAGGAGGGAAUCACCAUAGAGUAUAAGUUUCUGGAUGAAAGCAAAAAGCAACUCGACCCUUCUUUCCAGAAGUUGGAUUCCACUAUGCUUCCCGUACUGCUAGUAAUGGAAGAUGACAUUGUUGAGACAGAAACGCAAGACACGCAAGAAAUGGUUGACAGACUCGAGAAACUUGCUAAUCUUCGUCUUAACUCAAAUAAUGAGCAUUUCAACGGUGAAGUCCGAAAGUUUACUCCAUUUCAAAAAUUUUCUGCUUGGUUAAGAUCGCCUGAAAGGUCGGAAAGAGUUUAUGAAAAGGAGCUUGAGCACGUUGAUUCCCUUCUUGGAGAGGAGCCUGGCGUCUACCUCGAGGGCGACCACCCAACUAUAAAUGAUUAUCGCUUGUUAGCAAAGCUCUACCAAACUGGUACCGCGGCAGAGAAAUUGAAAGGCUACGUUAUCCCUGAUAGACUGGCCAGGCUAAAAAAAUUCAUGGCAGAGGGGCAGCAGCUGGGAACCUUCAAAGAUACCUGUCCAGAUAAAAACGAAAUCAUCGAAAAGUUUACGAGCAUUCAUGGAUAGACGCUGAAUAUCAAUGGCAGAAAAAACCUUGUUUCAAUACGAUCAGGGAAGUGAUAUGAUGAACAUGAUUUUAAUAGCACAACAAAGAAAAUAUAUUCUUUGGAAUUGAUUAAGGAAUGACAGUUAAUAAGUAUUGACUUAGCGCGCGGGAUAAUUAGGAAAACUGCGUUUCCCGGUAUUUAAGCAAAAACAUGCAUUAGUCAGUCUAUAUUCAGCCUUGCUAGAUCUGUGCUUUGAUAGAUUGGGUAAAGAUUGUUACAAUUUUAAUUUGAGAAGUUGGGGAUCUUUGGGGUUUGGUGGUAGCCCAAAGUUAUAAAAGAUUUAUCGCUCGAGUAUAUAGCUGUUUUUGGUUUCUGAAAUCUUGCUCAUUGGCUUUAAUCCAUUUUUCUCAGCUUGAAAAGCGAUACCGGAAAUGUUGAAAGAAAACAACCUCAAAUACAUAAUCUAGGAAACGUAUAAAUAGUAUUGUCGGAAAACAAAAAGUAAAUCUAUUCAAAUAAGGUAUAAAAAGUCUUGGGUUGAAUACAUUCCGCUCCGUGGUUUAGGACUGUUUUUCCCAGCGUGAGUCCGAAUCAAAAGCCUUGCUCACGCCUAAUUCGUUGUAUUUCAUCAACACUCACUUCAAGACUCAACCAAUCAGAUAACAAUAUCAUAUUUAACAUUUACCUAGAACAACAAAAUAAAGACAAGGUAAAAUUUUAAAUCUCCCUGCACUUGUUUAUGUAAAACUUCAAGAUUAAAAAUAUCUUCCUCGGUGUUGUUACACCAUUCUAA